AUGGAGGUGGAGGACAUUGUAAAGGAGGACAUUGUAAACAUACAUGCGGACAGCGAUGACUAUGUCACUGAAGUGGUGGACGUCACAGGUGGCAGUGAUGAUGAAGAUUUGGUGGAAGUCAAGGCAGGUGCUCCACCAAGAUAUUUUCACGGUUACCAGAGGGGCCGUGAGCUUGGCAGAGGUGCAUCUGGCCAAGUUUUUGUUUGCCACAAGAAGGGCGCAGAGGGUGGAGGUUUUGCCGUUAAAGCGGUGAAUCUGCGGCGGCUGCAUUUUCAGCCUAAUGCAGAGCGCGAGGAGAAGAAACUCAGCCGAGAAGUUGAGAUUCUGAAGCGCCUACCUCCGCACCCACACAUAGUGCAGUUGGUGGACACCUUCGAAGAAGGCGAAUGGUUUCUUUUGGUUCUGGAGUUGGUUGGCGGGGGCGACCUGUACACCGUUCUGACGAACCGAGAGCCACCCCGUCUACACGAGCGCGAGGCGGCUUUUGUUUUGGCACAGCUGGCCGAUGGGCUUGCCUUCCUUCAUGGACAGGGCGUGAUCCAUCGCGACAUGAAGCUGGAGAACGUUCUGGUUCAUGGAGAGCGGCGGGAGCGACCACUCACCCUCUACACCGUGAAAAUUACCGACUUCGGCCUUUCCAAGGCCAUUGGUGCGGGCUUCAGCGAGGCUCGAUCUACGGUCGGGACACGGCCGUACACUGCUCCCGAGGUUCUCAGGGAAGAUUCGCACGACUUCAGCUCAGACCUGUGGUGCUUGGGAGUGCUCGUUUUCGUGCUCCUCGCUGGGCAUUUUCCCUUUUCAAAAAUUCCUUUUAAGCAAGAGGACCUGCAGACGAUUGUUGAAAAACUGAAGAUCAGUGACACCUCCAAGUCUGUGGUGCUUGGCCUUCUGCAGCUCGAGCCUCGCCAGCGAACAGAUCUGGCAACUUUGAGCAGACACGAGUGGUUGUGCUACGAGGUAGAGUCUCCAGACGAGGCCGAGAAGGCGGACAAACCCAAGCGAACUCGCUCAGUGAGUGCAUCGCCUUCUAUGCGUCCCAUCACAACACCACCAGUGCAAGCGGCGCAGGCGACCCAAAGCCCACCUGUCAAAAAGCCAGCAGAGCCAGCAGAGCCACCAGCAGCUGAAGCUCCACCUGCAGAAGCGGUAGUGAAAGGUACGCCCGCGCCCUCUGAACGACCUGCAGAGCAAGGUCAAGGUCCCAUCAUUGUUCCUCCGCGGGUCGAUGUGCCCCAGAUUGUGCCAAAGCGCUCCAUCUCAAUGAUAACAACCGUUGAAGUUUCACCGCCAAGCACCCAAGCAGAUGUUAUGCAGUUACACAUGGUGGUUCCGGACCGUCUAGCUGGCACCAUCAUGAGCAAGAGCGGACCGCAGCUGAAGCAGAUCUCCGCAACUCUUGGCUGUCAAGUGCGCAUGAUCUCGCGCAAGACCGUGGGACAGCACCGCAUUAUUGGCGACCAUCGUAUUGUUAUGUUCGGCAACUACGGGCAGUGUGUCAUUGUACAGGAGUUAGUGCACGGACGUUUGAUGGAUGCCUUGCGUGCAGAGGGCAAGGAGCAGGGCAAGGAACCCACAACAGAGACAGCCGUGGUGCUCUUUGUGCGUGCAGAAGCUGCUGGUGUGAUCAUUGGCAAGCAGGGCUGGGUGCUGAAACAGAUUCGCAAGCAGUCGGAUGCAAAGAUCCAGUUGCUGCGUGAGGAAGUGCGAGGACAGCGCCCUUGCAUUAUUGAGGGCGAGAUGCAGAGCAUCAUCCGCGCGGAGAAGCAUGUGUUCGACUUGGUCGCAGCUGUUCAGGUGGUUCCACCGAACGCACCGACGCCCACAAGCGCAAAAAUGAGCCAAUCUUCACGAUUCUCCGGACCUCACCUGGCCCGAACACGCAUCAGUCCGGAACCCCUCACGGGUAAAGUUGUUUCCUGGAAGGGGCAAGUGGGCUGGAUAGAGCCCGAACAUGCUGUCAACCAUCCAAAGGCAUAUGCCCACAAGGGGCAGCUUUAUGUCCAUUCCAAAGACGUGCUUAAUGGGGAGGCAUUGUCCUCGGGAACACAGGUGCACUUCCAUCUUUACGAGGACAGAGCUGGUCUAGGCUCGCUGCUAGUGGGACGCACCGACUUAACUGGCAACGAUGCCGGAAGCUUGCGCAGCACCGAGGAAGAUGCAGAAUCUGGUCUGGCAGUUCAGUGCCUACAGGCAACGCAGCAUCGCCAGCGAUUGUCCUGGGGGCCUUGGCAAAGCUUGUUCUGCGUGGCGCUCAAGGGUACCAUGAACCCUUGGGAGCUUCAGAUCGGCUGCAGCGCUGAGGGCAGAGGCCUGGUUGAGACAACUGGAGUGUCUUCAUACAUUGAUGCUGUGGCUGAGGCCGGCUCUUUUGCUGCCGUUGCUGGUGAUGGGACCGAUAGCGAUGCUUACAGGGGUGGUCCUUGCAUCGGAUCGGGCAAGAUGCUUGGCUUCCUCAUUGCUCCAGCUUUCCGUUCAGCAGUGGACUACAGGCCAUCUCUGCGGCACCGCUCCGGCUUAAAGGAGCAGCCACGGGCACGAACCUCCUCUGCACAGUCCCAAUCCUCAGAUCUUGCUGACAGUCCCCUGCCAAAGAAGAAGAAAAAGGACAAGUCCAAGCGUGAGAUUGACAAGGAGGAAAAGGACAUCAAAGAUGGAGAGGUCAAGUUAGAGACAGUUGCUGGAGGCGGUAGCGGCCGCAGUGAGGAGCAGACGCCACCAUGGUCUGCAGAGGAGGCUGACACAAGCACCGUGGUUGAUGAGAUUUCCGAGGAGCCCGAGCGCUCGGGACAGGCGGCGGUUCAAGAGGGAGGCCACGAAGCUUGGCUAAGGCUAAGGAUGGAGAGAUCUGCCGGCGCUGGAUCAGAGGAAAGUGACCGAUGGACGCUUUUCGAGAUACUGCAGAUGCUGGCCGUCAAGGACAACCACAAGGAGGAAGUCUUGGACAGUGUUGGCCUGAGCGGCCAAAUCAAGCCGAACGACACGGUCUACCUGCGGGGACACACUGGACGCUGGAUGGCUGUCAAGGAUGGCACGCAAGUGCUUUGCAACGCUGCUGAUCGGGCACAAGCCGCAGCAUUUGUGAUUGAGUUCAAGGGCGCCGCCUUGAAGAACGAUUGUCGAGUGGGGUUGAAGCUUGACUCCGCAAACGGGCGCAGCCAGUGGCUUGCAGUUCUGCCUUCCGCCGAUGUGGGCUUGACACAGAAAGAUGGAGCCUCCGACAACUCCCUGCGCUUUGUUGCAAAAACCUCCACAUCUGCGCCGGUACUAUCUGGCACAUCUGUGCAUUUUCGAUCCAUGGCCACCGGCAAGAUGAUGGAAGUCGAUGGUGCAGACGUUCGCGCACGUAGCAAUGCGGAGGGCACCAGGCAAAGAAUUGCAGUGGAGAAACUCGCACCUGGCAUCUCCUUGCCUGAGCCCUGCCCUGACCUCGACCUGACCGUAGAGCAAAAAGCAUGGGUCUAUUUGCAGGCAGCCCAUUGCGCUUUGGUUGAUCGACAGAACCUCGCCCGCUUUCUCAGCAGUCCAAAGCCUCACUGCAAAGAGCUACUCAAGGCAUACACAAGACUGUGGGAGUCAGAAUGGCGUGUGGAAUGGCGCCAGACUUUGGAGAUCCCAGAGGAGAGUGCCGCCAGCUCGCCUGGUAGCAGACAGUCAUCCAGAAGCAAUUCGGUGGGGCAAGCAAACGCUUCCGAAUCUUCGCGCCCUCGAGCUCGAUCUCAGUCCCUUAGGAGGCGGAUGAGUAGUCGGACUGACUGGAUCUUGGGGAUGGUUGGCGGUGUUUCAUCCACAGCGGAUGACAAGAGCAACGGCAAUCUCUUUGUUUCAGCAAUGCGAUCCUUUUUUGCAAAUGCCAUCAAGAUGUCGCAGCUCGAGGCCGACCCGGUGCAACGAGUCAUAGAAGCUUUUGCAGAAGCGCUGGUUGCUGAUGCUGCGUUCCUUUCAUGCUUCGAGGCAUCGAUGCUGCCAGAGAAGGAGCGGCAGACCUAUCGUAAGCCGGAUGAAGUCCUCUUCGGCCUGGCCUACACAACGUUAAUGCUUAACACAGACAUGCACAACAAGCAAGUUGCAUCAAAGAUGUGGGACACAAAGAAGUUUGUCGGAGCCGGCAAGGGCUGCGGAGUGACUGGUGGCUUGAUGGGCCAAAUUUACAAGAAUGUGCAGAGUGAAGAGAUUUGA